UUUAAGUCCGAGCGUGGCUUCCUAUUGGCCGUCCGGAAGAUUGGCGUGCCCAGGGCCAACCAGAGGCCUCCAUUUUCUCCUUGUAGCCAGUGAGAGCGAGGGGGCGGGCUGCGGCGCCAGCGUGGGGCUCAGUUAAAUGUGCGGAGGAGACGGGUCUGAGAGAAUACUUCUAGUUUAGAAUGCCAAAAAUAAAUGUGGAAAAAAAGAAGGCAGAAAAAAGAAAAAAGCUAAAGCAAUGUGUGGCCCAAAAGGGAGAGCUGGAAUCGGAAACAGAACCAAAGAAAAAGAAACAAAAUCUGCAGGCAACAAAAGAAGAGGAAGAACUUACCGCAGAGGAAAGGAGGAAACUGGAAAGAAAAUUAAAAAAAGAACGCAAGAAGAAGGAAAAACAGCUGAUGAGGGAAGCUGGAAUCUCUACUAAAAAGGCAGAGCCCAAAAAGCAGUCGGGAUCUGAGCUGGCUCUGGCCUAUUUAACCAGCUGGUCUGAAAACCCAGACGAAUGGAAGUUUCAAAAGACAAGACAAACCUGGCUUCUCUUGCACAUGUAUGAUAAAGAGAAGGUUCCAGACGAGUAUUUCACCAUUUUACUGGAUUAUCUGCAAGGGCUUCAAGGCGGUGCACGAGACAUAACUGUGCAGAAAGCUGAAGCUUUUAUGAAGGAAUUGGAUGGUUCCGAUGCAGAAGACCCAAACCUGUUGGAGAAGUGCGAGCGCAUACGACAAGUUCUGCAACUUCUGUCCUGAGGGUAUUUUUGUGUCUUAAUGGUUGUCUGGUGGAGAGGAGGAUAGGAUGUCCUCUACAGAGACUAUAAAUUAGUUGUAAAGACAUAUUUUCUAAUAAUCCUAAUAUUAAAUUUUCAGAUUUUGUACUCAUAAUUGUUUCCAAUUGCAAAUAUUUAUCGUGUUUUGAGGUGAUGAAAUAAAAAUAUCAUAUUUGGUCCAUAGAUGUGCUAUUUUGAUUAAAAGUAAUCUUACCGCAUAUCUUUAGGAAAAUAAACCUCUCUUUCUUGUUAGUUUUUCUCCACCUCCCUAUGUAAUUACUGUUAAAUAAGAGGAGCUUUGCAGUUCUUGUUAAGAAGCGCAAAGGAACCAACAAAAAGCCUGGAGGGUCUUUUACAAUGGCAGCUUUUAAAAUGAGCGUACAGUACAGUGCUUGCUCAGCCAGCUGUAAUCUAUCACUUUCAGCUUUAGAAGUAUGUCAUUUGGAUUUGGGAAAGAUCAUUUUCAGUCUGUUGAACACGGAUUGUAUAACACAGUCGCUUAUUAGUACUUCGUGCAGUGAUCUGGAGAUACCAUCAGCUUUGUUAGUUUUGCUUUUAUAUUUUAAAGUUUUCAAAUGCUUUAUGGCAAUUGUUUAGAUACUCAGAUAGUGCACAGAUGGGAACAGAUCAAAUCCUUUGACCAUAUGUAGUGAAAUCAUCUGAUUGUACCUAAACUUACCCUUCGAUGAGCAGUGCUGUGCGGCAACAUUUUGUAUCUAGCCUGCCAAUAUUGCGUUUUCAUCCUUCUCUUGUAAUUGGCAUCCAAAAGAGUUAAUUUGUGUUCAUUCGCUUUGACGUCUCCUAUGAACGUGCUGAAAAUGAGGCUCUCAAGUAAAAACCAAGGACAUUAAUUACUCAAAAGUUGGAUGAUUGGCUUAUUUAAUAACACUUGCGUUCAGACAGCGUUCUUGACCUGAUUCUUUAAUGUUUCUGCAAACAUUGUUCAUACUUUAUUAAUAACAACUACAUGAAAUGUGUAGUGUUUUAGAAGAGUGGCUGUCUUUGGGAAUUACGUCUUUAAUUUGGAUGGAUGAAGGAGGGGAGGGUCUACGGAUAUGCAGGCCUAAUUUUUCAAUAAGAAGCAUUUGGGUGGAUUUGACAGCCUUCACAGUCAUGGAUUACUACAAAUCUUUAAAAGUAUGAAAAAUAUUGCUAGUAACAAAUAACUUAUAAGCUUUCUGACUUCUGGAAGAUGAUGCUUUCAACCAAAAAAGACUAGAGACCAGCAUGCCCUGCUCUAACAUCAUAACUCUGGUGGAGGUUUACACAACGGUGAGCAGAAUACAGCGGCAGCGGCCAGCCUCUCCGUUGAGCUGCCCGUGGUUCGCCAGCAGCUCAGGUGCUAUUCCUGUACCAUGGGGCAACAGUUGGAUGGGGGCUGCGGGAGAUGCAUGCCGUGUCGAAGCUUUUCUGAGGCCCAAAGCUGUAUAAAACUGAGCUUCCAGCACAAACGUUGGUGAAAAGGGUCUGUAAUAAAAAGUGAAGUAGUGGAAGAUCUUCGGAUCUUAUGUUUUAUGUCUUGAGAAUAUGCAGCUGAGAAAAACUACUGUCACUCCAGGCAGAGGCCGAUUCUUUUUUCUUUCCAUCAGGAAUAAAAAAGGAAUUUCUCAGGAAU